AAAUUUUUCCGAAACUAAACAAGGCCAUAGUAGCUAAGAUAGGCAAGGAGCGUAGCAUUCUUUUAAACGAAGACCGCCAUAAGUAUUAAGUAGUGUGUGAGAAGAGACAGUGCCACCGGAGACACAGCAAGUGGUGCCGAUCGAGAGCCACAUCCCGCUCUCGACCCGUGCACGCGUCUCUUCCGCCUUCGCCAUGUCCAAGCAGCACGACGCCGCCGCCGACGGCGGCAUCCCUGCCGCCGAGGCGCCGGCAAAGCGUCCGCCUCUUAACAAGUACGCCCUCGCCUGCGCCGUCCUCGCCUCCAUGAACUCCAUCCUCCUCGGCUACGAUGUGUCGGUGGUGAGCGGAGCGCAGCUAUUCAUGAAGCAGGACCUCAAGAUCACGGACACGGAGAUCGAGAUCCUCGCCGGCAUCAUCAACAUCUUCUCGCUCGUCGGCUCGCUCGCGGCGGGCCGGACGUCCGACUGGAUCGGCCGGCGGUACACCAUGGUGCUGGCGGCGGCCAUCUUCUUCGCGGGCGCGCUCAUCAUGGGCCUCGCCCCGAGCUACGGGAUCCUCAUGCUGGGCCGCUUCGUGGCGGGCGUCGGCGUCGGGUACGCGCUCAUGAUCGCGCCCGUGUACACGGCCGAGGUGGCGCCCACGUCGGCGCGCGGCCUGCUCACGUCCUUCCCGGAGGUGUUCAUCAACACGGGGGUGCUCCUCGGCUACGUCUCCAACUACGCCUUCCACGGCCUCCCCGUGCACCUCAGCUGGCGCGUCAUGUUCCUCGUCGGCGCCGUCCCGCCGCUCUUCCUCGCCCUGGGUGUCCUCGCCAUGCCGGAGUCGCCGCGGUGGCUCGUCAUGCAGGGCCGCAUCGGCGACGCGCGUCGUGUGCUGGCCAAGACCUCCGAUUCCCCCGCCGAGGCCGAGGAGCGGCUCGCCGACAUCAAGAAGGCCAUCGGCAUCCCGGACGGCGUCGGUGACAGCGACGACGACGACGAAGUGGUGGUCGUGGACCGCAGGAACAAGAAGGGCAGCCAUGGCGAAGGGGUGUGGAGGGACCUCCUCAUCCGCCCGACGCCGCCCGUCCGCCGCAUACUGAUCGCCUGCCUCGGCCUCCAGUUCUUCCAGCAGGCCUCCGGCAUCGACUCCGUGGUGCUGUACAGCCCGCGGGUGUUCGAGAAGGCCGGGCUCACGUCGAACAGCAACUCCCUGGGCGCCACCAUGGCGGUGGGCGCGUCCAAGACGCUCUUCAUCCUGGUGGCCACGUUCUUCCUCGACCGCGUCGGGCGGAGGCCGCUGCUGCUCACGAGCGCGGGCGGGAUGGUGGUGUCGCUGGUGACGCUGGCGUCGGCGCUGCACGCCAUCGACCGGCUCCCCGAGGGCCACGCGACGCCGCUGGCGGGCGUGAGCAUCGCGGCGGUGCUCACGUUCGUGGCGUCCUUCUCCGUCGGCAUGGGCCCCAUCGCGUGGGUGUACAGCUCGGAGAUCUUCCCGCUGCGGCUCCGCGCGCAGGGCUGCGCGCUCGGCACGGCGAUGAACCGGAUCAUGAGCGGCGCCAUCACCAUGUCCUUCAUCUCGCUCUACAAGGCCAUCACCUUGGCCGGGAGCUUCUACUUGUAUGCAGGUAUCGCUGCUGCCGGGUGGCUGUUCAUGUUCUUCUUCCUGCCGGAGACGAGGGGCAGGAGCCUGGAGGACACCGAGAAGCUCUUCGGCGGUGGGGACGACGGCGAGGACAACAAGGAAGAUGGACACGAUGUGCACAAGAAGUCCACUGAGUUGAGUAGCAAGCAAACAGUGACCUGAUCUGCACGUGCUAGUACGUACGCUAGUCAAUAACACGAACGGAUGUGGUCGGAUUUUUCAAUUCGCAGCGGAACGCGCGGCAAAGCUGCGCGAACUGAACCCGUGUUCAACAUGACAUGUCCUUUGUAGAAAUCAUGGUCACAGCUCAAGGGGAGUAGCGUAAAUACUAGGCAAGGUUAUGUUUCGCACUAGGGUGGGUCUCCUCCUCUUUGGCAAAUGCUUUGUUUGUUGCUAAGUGUGGGUUGGCCCACUUGCAGUUUAGCGAAUGAUUUGUUGUCAUGUGCUUUCGUAGUGGAUUAUUUGCCGUUACUGUGA